GAUAGCUGAGCCGGACGAGCGUACUGCCAUCACUAGUUUAUGAGUCGCUUUAAAACAAAAGAAAGUUUUUACCAGCUACAUUCCUUUGGUUUCCCUAACUAAGUCCCAUCACACAACAACGGCUUCGCAGGGGGAGGCGUCCAGCGCUACGGAGGCGAACGAACGCACACCACUGAUGGCUGCUGUCAAUCUCCAGGCUUCGUGCUCCUCCGGGCUCUCCUCUGAGGACGACGCCAAUGUGGGCAGCCAGAUCGGCGCGGCGGAGCGUUUGGAGCGACCUCCAAGGCGGCAACAGCAGCGAAACAACUACGGCUCCAGCAAUCAGGAUCAACCGGAUGCAGCCAUACUUGCUGUGCCCAAUGUGGUGAUGCGGGAACCCGGUGGAUCGCGCCCUUCAAGACUGACCGGAGGAGGAGGCGGCAGUGGUGGUCCGCCCACAAAUGAAAUGGAGGAGGAGCAGGGCCUGAAAUACGGCGCCCAGCAUGUGAUCAAGUUAUUCGUGCCCGUCUCCCUUUGCAUGCUGGUAGUGGUGGCCACCAUCAACUCCAUCAGCUUCUACAACAGCACGGAUGUCUAUCUCCUCUACACACCUUUCCAUGAACAAUCGCCCGAGCCUAGUGUUAAGUUCUGGAGUGCCUUGGCGAACUCCCUGAUCCUGAUGAGCGUGGUGGUGGUGAUGACCUUUUUGCUGAUUGUUUUGUACAAGAAGCGUUGCUAUCGCAUCAUUCACGGCUGGCUGAUUCUCUCCUCCUUCAUGUUGUUGUUCAUUUUUACGUACUUAUAUUUGGAAGAGCUUCUUCGCGCCUAUAACAUACCUAUGGACUACCCUACUGCACUGCUGAUUAUGUGGAACUUUGGAGUGGUCGGAAUGAUGUCCAUCCAUUGGCAGGGCCCUCUGCGGUUGCAGCAAGGAUAUCUUAUUUUCGUGGCAGCCUUGAUGGCCUUGGUGUUCAUUAAAUACCUGCCUGAAUGGACUGCCUGGGCUGUAUUGGCUGCCAUUUCUAUUUGGGAUCUCAUUGCUGUCCUUUCGCCUAGAGGACCCCUGCGCAUUCUGGUGGAAACGGCUCAGGAGCGAAAUGAGCAAAUCUUCCCCGCUCUGAUUUACUCAUCAACUGUCGUCUACGCACUUGUAAACACUGUUACGCCGCAGCAAUCGCAGGCCACGGCUUCCUCCUCGCCGUCGUCCAGCAACUCCACCACAACCACGAGGGCCACGCAGAACUCGCUGGCUUCACCAGAGGCAGCCGCGGCUAGUGGCCAACGCACAGGUAACUCCCAUCCUCGACAGAAUCAGCGGGAUGACGGCAGUGUACUGGCAACUGAAGGUAUGCCACUUGUGACUUUUAAAAGCAAUUUGCGCGGAAACGCUGAGGCUGCGGGAUUCACACAAGAGUGGUCAGCUAACCUGAGCGAACGUGUGGCUCGUCGCCAGAUUGAAGUUCAAAGUACUCAGAGCGGAAACGCCCAGCGCUCCAACGAGUAUAGGACAGUAACAGCUCCGGAUCAGAAUCAUCCGGAUGGGCAAGAAGAACGUGGCAUUAAGCUUGGCCUCGGCGACUUCAUCUUCUACUCGGUAUUAGUGGGCAAGGCAUCUAGCUACGGCGACUGGACGACCACAAUCGCUUGCUUUGUGGCCAUUCUCAUUGGACUCUGCCUCACUCUUCUGCUGCUGGCCAUUUGGCGCAAGGCGCUACCCGCCCUGCCCAUCUCAAUAACGUUCGGAUUGAUAUUUUGCUUCGCCACCAGUGCGGUGGUCAAGCCGUUCAUGGAGGAUCUAUCGGCCAAGCAGGUGUUUAUAUAAACUUGAAAAGACAAGGACACAUCAAAUGUCUUACAGUAUCAUAGUCUAACAAAGCUUUUUGUAAUCCAAUUCUUUAUUUAACAAAAUGCAUAGUAACAAACUCGACUAA